UAUUUUUUACAUUUUCAUAAAAAAACAAAAAAUAAAAGAACCCUUCCUUUUCUUCUUCACAUGUCAUCGGCCACGCAACAACCAUUUUUCAGCCGCUUCCCCGACUUCCAUAUCUUCAUCUUCCGCACUAGAUUGUUGUUUCUGACUCUAGUAUAGCAAUUGUUCCCAACACAUUUCCCACUCAUCUCGUCAACUUCUACCGUUAUUAAGUUACAGGUCAGCGGAAAUCGUGUUGGAGAAACCAAGCUUUUCUUUCAGUUGGAGAUUACGCUUUCGAUUCCAACCCUGAUGAGUAGGGACGAUGAUUUGUCACUGGAAGUUGGGUGGGUGAGACGGUGAUGCGUAUCCGGAACUUGGUGUCGUGACCAAGCUAGGGCGGACCCAAGCUUUGGCUUGGGUGGGUAGGCACCCCCCUUGAAAACAAAAUUUAGUGUAUUUUCGAGGUAAAAAUUCCUGACUGCACUUCUUGAAAAUUUGGUUAAACCCUUCGUUCGUACCCUAAAAAAUAAUUCAUGAGCCCGCCACUGGUCGUGAUUUGUGAGAAGAAGAAGAAAAGAUGUGGUGAUUUUGUUUUGUUAUUUUUUAUUUCAAACCCAGUGGGUUUAUUUAAUUAUUAUUUUACCUUUUUAAUGUUAAGCCUAAGUAUUAGUAAUUGAAAAUACUGACACCUCAUCAAAAUAAUUUGGUAACCUGAUAAUUGCAUAAGAUUAGAACGAUAAAUUAAUGCUGAGUGAUUUUAGAUAGACAAAAAAAGUUUAAAUGGCUUUAAUAGAAAAAAUUUAAAUACUGACACCUCAUCAAAAUAACCCGGUAACCUGAUAAUUGCAUAAGAUUAGAACGAGUGAUUAUCAGGUUACCGCUUUUGUAUCCUGAAAUAUAUAGUAUUUCAUAUCUUCUAAAGUUUCUUUCCGAAAUUCAUUUUUCAAUCAUUAAUCUUACCAUGUUAAUAUGAUUGACGUGAUUCAUUAUCUUUUAGUUUAAUAUUCCAUAAAUUUCAAUCCUUUCAAUUUAAUUAAAGAUGUGACCUCUGAAAUUAAAUUGUUGGUUUGGAAGCAAAUAUUACUAUAAUAAUUUUAAUAAAGCUGAAGUCCAACUAAUAUGUAAACCGCAAACGAGGUGGUCCUUACUCCUUAUCACCUUGCUCAAAUCCUCCCUUCAAACAAAAGGAACCCCUCUCUCUAUCUCUCUCUCUGUAUAUAUAAUUUGCGACACAUUGUGUGGUGCAAUUGGCGCUGAUGGGUGGUGGGAUUGGAACAAGAUGUUGGUGUGCAAUUAUCCUUUUUGCACUUGCGUCGGGACCGACAACAUACGGUGAUGAGUGUGAUCUGUACCAAGGAAACUGGGUGUACGACGAGUCGUAUCCCUUGUAUGAUUCAUCAGAAUGUCCGCACAUUCGAAAGGAAUACGACUGCAUCAAAAACGGCCGCCCCGAUCUAAAUUAUCUCAAAUUCAGAUGGCAACCCACCAAUUGCAACCUGCCCAGGUUCAAUGCCGAGGAAUUCUUAACAAAAAUGAGCGGAAAGAAAAUAAUGUACAUCGGAGAUUCAGUAAGCGAAAAUCAAUGGCAAUCGAUGAUGUGUCUUCUUCGUACUUCUUUGCCGCCGCAAUCUAUUAUCAAUGAACAUACAGCCAAGUCAACAACAACUGUCACAUUUGAGGAUUAUGGAGUUUCGAUUUCAGUUUUCUUGUCUCACUACUUGGUUGACAUUGUGGAGGAGGACAUCGGUCGUGUUUUGAAACUAGAUUCCAUAACAAACGGAGAUGUAUGGAAGGAGAACGACGUUUUGAUCUUUAAUACUUGGCUUUGGUGGUAUCGUCGAGGAGAAAAACAACCAUGGGAUUAUAUUCAAAUAGGUACGAACAUUACAAAGGACAUGGACAGAAUGGUUGCUUUUCAAGAGGGUUUAAACACAUGGGCGAAUUGGGUCAAUUCGGAAAUAGACACCGAGAAAACCAUAGUGUUUUUCCAAGGAGUCUCUCCAUCUCAUUACAACGGGUCGGACUGGAAUGAGCCUGGUGUGACAAAUUGCGCUAAGGAAACGCUUCCAAUGAACGGAUCAACAUACCCUGGUGGCGUACCUAGAGCCGAGAUGGUGGUAGAGAAAGUACUAAGUGGUAUCACAAAACCAGUGUCAUUGCUCAACAUAACAAGACUAUCUCAAUUAAGAAAAGAUGCACAUCCAAGCACAUUUAAUAUUUUCGGAAUGGAUUGCACACAUUGGUGUGUUGCUGGCCUUCCAGACACAUGGAACUUACUUCUAUAUGCCGGUCUUGUUUGAACCACAUUUUUGGUUCAUAUUAAAUGUUCUCACAUUUUUGUUUUGCAAGAAAUAACAAUCUAUGGAUAUAAUUAUACUACUUCAAUGAUCAUUUACAAAAUAUUUGAGGUUG